AUGUGGGACCGCCCCCGAACCUCUGCCACAGCGGGUCUCGACAGGCUGCACCGGCCCUCCAUCCGGCACCAGCUUAAAGACGGCCCCAGCACAGACAAGCCAGAGAUUUAUCUGUACGAGUACAGCUACAGCCCUGCCAAUGCUCUGGGCAUCGCCGUCUCCAGCUUCAACUCCAGGCUUUACAAUCACCAGAAACCGCAGAGACCACCGAGGCCGGAGAUAGUGCACGAUAAGCAGAUACUACCAUUAUUCGCCGCUGCAUCAACAUCAACUGAGGGAAUUGGAAUAUUUCCGACAGACGAUCACGAUCCUGCUGAUUUUGCAGACGCAUCGUCGCGCAUCGCCUUUGAGCCGCCACCGAGGAACCCUAGACGAUUAUUGCGAGUGCGACAAGACUCGAAGGAUUGCACACCAGCAUAUCCAUAUCCCGAACUUCAGAUCGUGACCGAUUCGGAAUCUACCUCUACUAGCGACGGAGACGGAUACUCUUCGUCCCCGGCCUCCAAUUUCAAGCUGGCUUCGACAUAUUCGAGGCGGCGCCUUCCAGCGCUCGACCAAAUUUCGCCUCCCAGCUCGCCGGAACUUGGCGCUUUCAAGAAUAACGCACCUGUCUCUCCCCUGGACGACGAUGACGCCGACUUCCCUCGAGAGUAUCCUUUUAGAGGGCAGCAACCCACACAAUCUUUUACGACACAGCAGCGCCAAAUGAGCCAAGUUCCCGUUCCCGUACAUCAAUACACUGCCUACCAGCCCGCUCCGGCCUUGUACGAUACAUCUUUUGAGAAUCCAAGAAGCCUCGAGGACGUGCCAGCCCCAUUGCAACAAGGCGCAUUACCGCGGAGUACCAAGAUGCGCAUAAGGGUUCCCACUGACACUUCAGCUGUUGCCCAGCGAUUUCGCUUUCUCACCAAGGGCAAGUCGGAGCCAACAGAGAAUCUGGCCGAUCGACCAAGGCAAGGUGAGGCGCCGCCCAUUCACAUCCCACGGAGAAGCAGCAAGCGUGCAAGCCGCACCCCAAAUGGCCUUCGAAACAUAUCAGCUCCCCUGCCACCUAUUCAGUCUGGCACUGCAUUGGAAACACCUCCGCGCCAGCAAGCAGCCACCGACCGCGAGCUUCUUCCGUCCUCGUUGGCUCCAAAGCCACUAAACAUAACACCAGCAGCAAACAAGGUUGCGUCGCGCAAUACCAAUGCUAAUACCGAUGAUAAUGCGCUUCCUACGCCGCCUAAUCAUGACUACCCGACUCCGCUAUCCAUACCAUCAGCUCGAUCACAGUCACCUGCCGUCCAAGAUUUGACUCCUACCGGGCCUAGGAUCAUCAAGAGGAAGCCGCCGCAAACUCACCAAGCCCAACCUUCGGCGCCGUCCAACCUGUCAAGUUCAAGCCCGGCCUACAUCAAUCCACCUCCUCGAAGAGCCUCGGCCGCAGCCGUCACUGGGUUCCACGAAGCUCCCCCAAAACGCUCUAAUACUGAUGAGGCGUGGAUGCAACCUCCAUCACGCUUCAGUGUCACCACUUACGCUACAUCGAACGCAGGGACUCCUCCGCAGGCUGCUGUGGAGCAGAUGCCCGCAAACGCACCGGUUGCUACUUCGAUGAUGAGCCGUCCAGGUCCAUUUGCGAAGCGGGACAAUGCCCAUACUCCUAUAACGAUCCCUAAGCAGAGGGCAUACAUGUCCAGCCCAUAUGGAACCGAUAACCAGAUGGCAGUGUCGAGCGAGGUAUCUCUAAAUGAACCGCGCCGCACCCGAGCCGGCAGCAAUACGGAGUCCACUAGCCGAAGCUCCAUUCUGUCUACUGCCAAGCCGCUUCCACCCGCACCUCCGGAGUUGGCAUCAGCACCCGAUGAUAGGAUUGCGCAACUAAAUGCCUCUCUCUCGGCACUGGCUCAUCGUAGAGUCAACAUCAACAAAAGUAUCCAACAAAUGACAGAGCUGAUGCCGCGAGAUAACCUGAUGGCCAGCGCAGAAGUGCUCCGAAAGAGGGAGGUCGAGAAGCAAAAAGUAGAGGGGCUGAAACAAGAGCUGGCCGAGAUUCAACACGAAGAGUAUGACCUGGGCCUGAAGCUGCAUAGGGCUUACAAGCGCCAGGAGAAGGAUGCGGAAUUCGAGGUUACUGGCCUGUGGGUGAGAAGAAUUACAAGUUGA